AAUGCGGCGUUUCCGUUUCUUCCGCUUCGCUCGCAUGCAGUUUGCGCGCAUGCUCGGAGCGCUCAAGAGCUCGUUCAAGAACCGGGACGCGUGCCUGGUGUCGCUCACGCCGGACCGCCGCUCCCGAACCGACGACAGAAGCAGCCCGGCCGUCGUGGGCAGCGACGGCCCGAGGUUGCCGGAGCUGCGACCCGCCUACCGCACCAGCACGCUGUGCGUCCGACAGUCCCAGCACCCGGUUUUCGACUUCGAGUCCAUCCAGGAGAGCGUGGAUAAAUUAUACAACGAGUUCAGCCAAAUGGAUGUCCCUGACCGGGCCGCCAAAGUCAAGCGGUACAUCGACGAGAAGAUCGGGGGCUUCUCCGAGGGCCUCACGUCCCAGUUGUACGCGUACGUCAUGUCCUGCCAGAGCAACGUGUACGAGGUGCCGUCGGGCCGACCGGAGACACCCUUAAUGGACACGGUCCUCUGGGGCCGACGGGGUAAGAUUCACUGGGAUGGUCAGAUCUUCUCCCCGGAUGUGCUGUACGCCAUGACUGAGGAUGCAGUGUGGAGGUUCCUGCAGCAGCUCUUCCUCUGGCUGGAGAUGGAGCCCGCCAAUGAGGAGACAUACGCGGACGAGGUGUCUGGUGCGCUCACGGACAUCAACCAGCUGGUGGAGAAAGCCAUGAGCCCGAAGACCACCACCAGUGAGGAACUUCCCAGCGAGGAGCAGGUGGUCCCCAAACUUGACUUGGAGCAGUCCUCGGAAGCUUCUGCUUCAACGCUGCGCACCACCACCCCGGAGCUCCUUACCCGCAUGCCAGAAGUGCGCACCACCAUGCCGGACUUGCGCACCGGCACCACACCGGAGUUGCGCACCGGCACCACGCCUGACGUGCGCACCACCACUGAGGAGGUGACAUCUGAGCAGGAAUCUGACACCAUCCCAGCACUACAGGAGAAGCUGACCCGCCUGCUGGUCUACACGUUGGUCACGCAGCUGGACCAGAGACUGCAGCGCAAGCGCAAGACGGGCGUGCGCAUCGACGCCCUCGUCCUGGUCAUCGAGCGGCUCCUGUACCGGGCCUUGGAGGAGAUUAGCCCCCGGCACAUCGAGGACAUCCGGACCUUGGCCAACAUGGACCAGGUCGUCACACCGGUGGUGAAAGACCUCAUGGUGGAGUUCGGCACCCCGCACAGACUGGUGGAGGCCGUAAUGGCCGAUGACCCCCUGUUUGACGACGCAGUCUUCCGGCACCUUAAGAUUCACAUCAGCGCCCUCAAAGAUCCACCUAAGCGGGGUAACAUCUUCUCGAUUGUGGUCAAAGCUUUGGCCAUGCUCCGCUUUAUGGGGAGCUCCAAUUGAGGCUACUUUCCAGAUGCGGAAGUCCAUACAGUUUAUGCUGCACCUGUGUUACAGGUUGAAAACAACA